CAAAAAAAUGUGACCAUUAUCAAAAAUUCGAAUGUCGGAAAAUUUUUUCAAAUUCGUCAUGAUUCGGAACAAAAUUUGAGUAAUUUUACCAUAAAUUAUGAAGUUUCUUUCAGUAUAUUGGAUUCACAUCAUCGUGAGUGUUUGUUGUUUUGAAAAAUCUCAUCAGUCUGAUCGUAUUCUGGGAUGCAAUGGUUUCAUCAAAAGUGACGUUCCUAUAGACUUAUCCAAAGUCGAAGUAAAAUUAUUCUCUAAAGAAGGUAAUCUGAAAGAUCGAAUCGAAUGCGCCCCCAACAACGGCUACUUCUUCUUGCCCAUUUAUGAUAAGGGCGAGUACGUUCUCAAGCCGUCCAGUAUUCAUAAAUGGGUCUUCGAACCGGCUUCAGUGAAGAUCAAUUUCGACGGUCAGAAUGAUAUUUGUAGUAAAGGGCAAGAUGUUCAUUUCCUUUUCAAAGGAUUUAGAGUAUACGGAAAGGUUGCGAGUAUUGGAGACAGAAAAGGUCCUAAAGGUAUAACGAUCACUCUAGUCGCCGACUUACCUACCGAGCAAAAAGAAGUCCACUCUGUCGUAACUGAAGAAAACGGAACUUUCGACAUUUCUCCUGUUUUACCGGGCUCGUACAUAAUAAGAUCAUCUCAUCCAUCAUGGCGGUUAAGCAAAAGCCUAACUACAUUCAACAUUGAAAGAAGCAAUCACGAAUUACCCCCAAGAAGUUUGAUCUUUGCUGGAUAUGACGUCAGCGGUUCUGUGGUCAGCAGUGGCGAACCAAUAGCCGGAGUUGAUUUCAUACUGUUUAAUUCUGCCGACACAACAGUGGACAAGUCAUGGAUCUUGGGCUGCGACACAACUCCAGUCGAAGGGUUCAACUCGUCUGAUUUGAAAUUAACCAAUGUGAACGAAUUGUGCCACGUGAAAUCGAACUCCAAAGGUCAAUUCAUAUUCCCGUCAGUGCCAUCGGGGAACUACGUUCUGGUACCAUUUUACAAGACGGUGAAUUCUUUGAAAUUUGACGUACAUCCGCGUAAUGUUCGUUUUACUGUCGCUGAGGAUAGUCACGUAUUUUCUAAACCAUUCCAAGUUUCCGGAUUCAGUAUCAUAGGUCGAGUACUUUCACAUCCGGAAAAUGGAAAACCGAUGCCUAAAGCUAAAGUGAUGUUAGAUAAGGAUAAAUUGACCGAAACCGAUGAUUCUGGUACAUUUAUUUUCGAAGGCGUUAAAAGCGGAUCCCAUAGUAUUCAAGUGAAAACUAAUGAUUACUUAUUUGAGGACUUACAAUUGAAAAUUUCGCCCAAUUCUGCGACUCUCGAAAACAUCUAUCCCGCAGCAUUCAAAGUAUGCGGUAAAGUAACUAAAUUACAACAAGUAGAUGUUCAAGUAAACUUUGUCAGUGCAAGUGGCAAUAAACCAGUCACCGAUAUCAAUAAAAAUGGCGAAUUUUGUACAUAUUUAAGCUCUGGAGAUUACUCCGUGAAAGUUUCCUUCAGUGGAAAAGAUUCUCACAAAAUAUUAUGGUUUUACCCAGAAACUUUGAAUUUGAAAAUUAAAGACAAGCCUGUAAACAAUGUAAAUUUCGAACAAAAAACUGCGUCUCUUGGCGGAUCUGUGAUAUGUGACGAUGAUAAUUCCUGCGAUGAAACCAACCUACUUUUACUCAGUAUCGAUGGGAACAAUAUUGAAAAACGAACAACUACGAAAAAUGGUAAAUACAUCUUUACCGAGCUACAUCCAGGUAAAUAUGAAUUGAGCGUGUUGAACAACGACGAAUGGUGCUGGGAAUUGAAAACAUUAACGGUUGGUAUUGCUGAAAUCGUCAAUACGGCACCUCCAUUUAGAAGAAUUGGUAUUUCGUUCACUGUAUCUUCAUCUCACAACACCAAGUUACGCUAUAUGAAAUUAUCAAAGAACGAUACCGUAGUCAAGGAAGGAAUUCUCGAUAUUCAAGCCGGAAUACAAGACAAUUGUUUACCCGGUGAUGCGGUUUAUGAUCUGGAACCGUUGGGAUGUCACGGAUACAGCGAGUCGAUAAUCCGUUGGGAAAUAGGCCAAGAUUCGUUGAUGUUGACAGCUCUCACUCAUCAAGUUACAGGAUACAUUGUCUCGAGCGAGAAACUAGAUGAUAUAUAUGUCAAAGUGUUGAGUGAUUAUAAUUCAACGUUAAAGGCCAAGAUUGGUCCCAUUAAACCCAUCGCAGAUAAAAAUAAACCAAACGAGUUUGUGUACAAAUACCAAUUCCAAGCUACACCUGAUCUUCAACUAACCAUCCAGCCUGAAUCAUCAGCGUUAUUAUUCACUCCUUCGCACCUUUCCAUAUUGGGUCCUUCAGACUGUGUUGAAUUGGAGGAGCGUAUAGUAGCUAAGAGAGGUAUACGACUUGCCGGUCGAGUAGAUCCACCUCUCAAAGAUGUCAGGAUAUCCAUUCUCGAUGAAUCUGACGAAAUCAUUGUCUCCAUGUUUACCGAUCAAGAAGGAAAAUAUAAAUUUAUGCCUUUACAUUCGGAUCAUCGAUAUAGAGUAAUCGGUGAAAAAGAAGGAUACAUUCUGACCGGACCUUUAGAAAAUGGUGUCUUCAAAGCUCACAAAUUGGCAGACGUUCAAGUAACUUUAGUCGAUGAUGAUAAUAAACCUUUACAAGGUGUGUUAUUGUCCCUUUCCGGAGGAGAAAAUUACCGUCAAACUAGUCAAAGUAACGUAAACGGAAAAAUCACAUUCCUUUCGCUGAAACCGAGCGAAUAUUAUUUAAGGCCUAUGUUAAAAGAAUACAAAUUUUCGCCACCUUCCAAAGUGGUUAAAAUUAAAGAAGGCGAAUCUGUUCCUGUUACUUUCAAAGGUCAUCGAGUACUAUACAGUGCCUUUGGUAAUGUAGCUUCGUUAAACCGUAUCUCAGAAAAUAACGUAGUCUUAGAAGCUGUAGGAAAACCCGAAGGCGAAUGUGUUCAACAUCAAGAAGAAGGAACCACCGAUGAGAGCGGAAAUUAUCGUAUUAGAGGGUUACAGCCCGAUUGUAAUUACGACAUAAGACUGAAGAAAGGCCCUAAUGUGAAUAAAUCUGUAUUUAAAACGUUACCCGAAACUGCUCAAAUCAAGGUGAACGCUACGGACGUCGAAAACAUAAACUUCAUCACGGUCCUUGAACCGACUCAAUGCGACGUAUGGGUCUUCGUCUCUGUGCAGCAAUCAGCUCACGUACGCACUUUGCAACUGAAACUAAUCGACGAAGAAGGCAAUAUUAUGCAUACGGUUAAACUGAACGAAUGGAAAUUAUCCAAAUAUCAACUGAAAACGGUGGUUGUGACAUUCCCAACGUUAUCUCUGAAUAACAAAAAUUAUUAUGUGCAGCUUGAUUCGACGCUUCCCAAAUCCAUGUACACGUAUUCCUCGAACGUCGUUCAAUUCACGACAAACGCGACGUAUCACGGUUUACGAAUGGAUUUCAAAACCGAACUUAAUGUACCCGAUGGUGAAGUGAAACAUUCCUAUUCGGCUGCCGUAUUUAUCGUGCUAGUCGCAUUAAUUUACUGGUUUAGGGAGCAAGUACUCCAGACUUUAUCCCAGUUACCAAAUAAUUAUAGGUGUACUAUGCCUGAAUUCUUGAACAAGUAUACUCAACCUCCUAAACCUAAAGAAACCGAAAGUCCUUUCGAACUCGAACCUAGUCUGACUAUCGUUAAAAGAAAAUUAAGGCCUAGUAAAAAAAUAUAAAAAUUGUAUCAUGUGUUCAAAAUUUGGUGUUAGUUAAACGAUUUAAUCGUAUUUUUUCCUCGGGGAGUCGGGUUUAUCGAUUUUUCACGCGUCGUUGAAACGUAUAGAAAUGAAUGUAAUGGACAAAACGAAAUAUUUUAUAAGUUUUUGUGUAAUUUUGUAAUAAUUUAUCGUUACUUAUUGUAGUAUUGCGUUUUUGGAAAUAAAUAAUUGUUUUCGUUGUUUUUUAAAA